AUGGUAAACGCACAAGAAUAUAUAAAUCAAAAGUAUCCAAAAGAAAAAAGAAGUGAAAUUACGGAAUUAGAUAUUAAUGAAAAAACAUUAGAAGGUGAUUUAGAUUUAACAGACUUUAUUCAAUUAAUUAAACUUGAUCUUUCGAAUAAUUAUCUUACUAGGAUUAUUUUUCCUACUGAUGCUAGAAAGUUAAUUUACUUAGAUAUAACAAAUAAUGAUUUUUCCCCACAAGAUUUAUCAGUUUUUAGUCAACUUACUAAUUUAAAGGAACACAAAUUGAAAACUGGUAUUUAUAACAAAUUUUUUGGUUCUCUCAAACCCUUAAAAAAUCUGAACAAGUUAGAAAAAUUAGAUAUUUCUAAUACUGAUAUAGAUAGUGGUUUGGAAUACCUACCUGAGAGUUUAAAGACAUUUUAUUGCGAAAAUGUUCCUUGCGAAAAAGUUAGAGAAUGGGUGAGAAAGAGAAUUAUUCAGGAAGAAGAAAGCUUAAAGUAUGAGGACGAAAGAGCAAGAAAUGGUUUAUUCAGUUGCUACUUUCCUUUAAAUAUUGCUGAUUGUUCUUACGAAUUGCAAACUUGA